AUGGACGGUACUGAUCAUACAGAGCUCAUAGCACGGCUUCAGGCUCAACUAGAACAGCAGACCCAGAUGAUACGCCAGCAACAGGAGGCACAUCAGAAACUCGUUGCAGAAAUAGCCCAACUUAAAGAAAGGCGACCGGAAACGACAGAAGACAAUAGCCAAACUGGCAAUCCCAAUCAUGGCCAUCACAACGGCCGUAAUAAUCGCCACCAUGAUGAUAGCGGUCUUCCUCCACGUUCACCUGAACUCCUACCAUUCACUAAAGAGAUCAUGCAAGCCAUAAUGCCCGAUCGGCCACCCCCUCCAAUCGAAAAAUUUGACGGGACGACCGAUCCAGAACACCAUCUCCGAAAUUUCAUCGACUCCAUGGCUUUCUACUCCAACAGCGAUCCGGUCAAAUGCAGGGCCUUCUCCCUGUCUCUCAAAGACGAAGCCCUGGAAUGGUAUUACACUUUACCUCCAAACUCUAUCGACAGUUUUUAUACUGUCACCACACUUUUCAAGAGGCAAUUCUCUGCCAACCGGAGGGAAUGGGUGUUCGCUGCCGAACUCUUCAAUCUUAAACAAGGGAGAGACGAGCUGUUGAGGACAUUCAUGCGUAGAUACUCGGAGACCGCCAGGAGAGUGAAGGGCGUCUCCCAUGAGUUCAUUAUCACCAACCUCCCCAACUGCCUUAAGCCGGGAUUUGUUUCGGAAAAUUUACGAACAGGUGACAACGGUCGCAAUCAAAGACCCUUUCGAAGAGAACUGAAAGCCCCGCUCGGACCUAGGUACGACCACUAUACACACCUUACGGCUCCAAGGGACAAGGGGCAUACCACCGCGGGCUGCCAAGAACUUAAAGAUGAGAUAGAAAGAUUAGUCCGGGCGGGCUACCUGCGAGAUUUUGUUAAAGCAGAGACAGGCCAAAGGGGACGUUCCCCCCAACGGGGACCUUCCCCUAGAAAGUACAAAAGAAGUCCCGAGCCUUCACGACAAAAACCCGAACGUACUCAACAACGUUCGAGAAGCAGAUCCAGAAAGCGAGAUACGACCCCAAAGGGCCGUAUUGACACCAUCUCAGGAGGUUUUGUCGGAGGAGGAGCCUCAUCUUCAGCUCACAAAAGACACUUGCGAAAUUUACGAAGCGUCCACACAAUUGCCCGGAACCCUUUGUCAAUGCCGGACAUCACCUUUAUCGACAGGGAUUUUCAUGCCCCGGACCCAGAACAGGAUGAUCCCAUGGUCAUCACGGCCCGAAUUGCGGAGUAUGAUGUGAGCAAAGUCCUAAUUGACCAGGGAAGUUCUGUCAACAUUCUAUAUUGGACAAUAUUCCAAAAGAUGGCCUUGGCUGAGGAGGCCAUAACACCCUUUCACGAGCAGAUUGUCGGUUUUGCAGGUAAACGCGUGGACACACGGGGAUACCUCGACCUGAGGACCCGCCUGGGUACCGAUGACCAAUCCAAGGAAAUAUGCGUGCGUUUCUUAUUGGUGGAAGCCAAUACUUCAUACAACGCUCUUCUCGGCCGCCCAUGCCUGAACGCCUUCGGAGCAAUUGUAUCAACUCCUCAUCUGGCGAUGAAGUUCCCGUUCGGAAGAGGUGAAAUAUGCACCGUUCGAGCAGAUCAGAAAACCGCUCGGCAAUGUUACACAGCUUCGUUAAAAGCCACUACAUACAAAAGAGAGAGAAGGCCUGAAACCAUAUUGGUCGACCUAGACCCGAGGACCAACACAGAUGACCGGAUUCAACCUCAGGGGGAGAUCAAACCGUUCGUCCUGGGAAAAAAUGAGGAACAGAUUACUAAUAUAGGAGCUGACCUCACUCCUACGAAUGAAGGCGACCUCAUAACUCUGUUACGAACCAACGGUAACCUCUUUGCGUGGAGCGCCUCAGAUAUGCCGGGCAUCCACCCCAAGGUUAUCACUCACAAGUUGUCCAUAUUUCGAGAAGCACGACCCAUUGCUCAAAAGAAGAUAAGGCUCGGUACAGAAAAAAGGGUUGCAGUACAAAAGGAAGUUGAUAAAUUGAUCUCGGCCGGAUUCAUUCGCGAAAUAACCUACACCACAUGGUUGGCAAAUGUGGUCAUGGUUAAAAAAUCAAGCGGUCAGUGGAGAAUAUGUGUAGAUUUCACCGACCUAAACAAGGCCUGCCCCAAAGACAACUAUCCCCUCCCCAGCAUUGAUCGCCUGGUGGACGGCGCCUCCGGUCACAUGGUCCUCAGUUUCCUAGAUGCAUACUCGGGGUAUAACCAAAUUCCAAUGUACGCUCCGGAUCGGAGUAAUACAGCUUUUAUCACCGAGCAGACCAAUUAUUGCUACGAAGUAAUGCCGUUCGGCCUAAAAAAUGCAGGAGCCACCUAUCAACGACUCAUGGACAAAAUCUUCCACAAUCAAAUCGGGCGGUGCAUGGAGGUUUACGUGGAUGACAUGGUCAUACGGAGCUGCUCCCAUCACCAGCAUCUACGGGAUCUGACAGAGGUUUUCCAGCAACUCAAAAGGUACGGUUUACGCCUCAACCCGUCCAAAUGCACCUUCGGCGUAUCCGCAGCCAACCCGGACAAAUGUCGAGCGUUUCUGGAAAUGAGAACACCGACCAAAUUGAAAGAGGUCCAGUGUCUAGUCAGACGCCUCACCGCCUUAUCACGGUUUAUACCGAGACUUUCCAAGCACAUCAAGCUGAUACUCAGUAACAUGAAGAAGAAUGUUCCUCGGCACUCGGACGAUCAUUGUGAGGCGGCUUUCUCCGCCGUAAAAAAUAUAUUGACUAACCCGCCUAUCAUGAACCGUCCGGAGGAGGGGUUCGACUUGCAAUUAUACCUUCCGUGUCCGGUCAUUCGAACCUUGCAGGGAGCCGAGGAACGAUAUUCGCAGGUGGAGAAAGUGGUGUUGGCCUUGCUUACUGCGGCCCGAAGGCUUUGCCCAUAUUUUCAAAGUCAUCAAGUGGUCGUCCGAACCGAUCACCCUGUCGCCAGGAUCCUCAGGAAACCGGACUUAGCCGGAAGGAUGGUUUCUUGGUCCAUUGAACUAUCCGAAUUCGGCCUACGCUUCGAGCCACAAGGCUCCAUCAUAGGACAACAUUUGGCAGAUUUUGCAGCCGAGUUACCCCGUACGACAGAACCGUCCGUGUGGAAUUUGAACGUUGACGGCUCUUCAGACAAACGAGGAGCAGGGGCCGGAAUAGUGUUGGAGGGGCCGAACGGUAUUCUGGUAGAGCAGGCCAUAUCUUUCACGUUCCAGCUCAACAACAAUAAGGCAGAGUAUGAAGCUUUCAUUAGCGGAUUGCUCCUGGCGGCAGAACUGAACAUCCAACAUUUAGAAUGCCGAAUGAAUUCUCAAUUGGUCGUGGGACACAUUAACGACACUUUCCAGGUCAAAGACAACCAUCUGCUGCGAUACUACCACAAGGUCAGUGACCUUAUUAAAGCGUUCGACACUUUCAGAAUUAUUCAUGUACCCAGGGAGCAAAAUUCCCGAGCAGAUUUACUCUCCAAGCUAACACGUGGCCGAGGUAAUUCCCAACUUACCUCGAUCAUUAAAACCAAGCUAGACCAACCCCUCUCGGAGACGUGCGCCACUAGUGUUACUCCUCCCACAACUGAUUGGCGGCAAGAUAUAAUACAGUUGAUGAUCCAGCAAGAGCAAGGCGCUAGGGUAAGUGCGACUGAUUCCAAACGAAUUGCUCGCUUCACAUUCAUAGGAGAUGAUCUUUAUCGACGCGGAUACACUAUGCCUUUGUUGAAGUGUUUAUCCAGCCAAGAAGCCAAGUACGUCAUGGAAGAAUUACAUCAUGAAAUUUGCGGCUCUCACUCAGGAAAGAAAACACUUAGGGCCAAGAUAUUGCGAGCAGGUUUUUACUGGCCCUCCAUUGAACAAGAUUGCAAGGAUUUUGUUCAAAAGUGCAUUUCUUGUCAGUCCCACGGACAUGACACUCGGAUCCCUUCGUCCGAAUUAAUGGUCAUUAUAGCCCCGUGGUCGUUCGCACAAUGGGGGAUGGAUAUAGCCGGACCCCUACCGCUCGCGAAAGGACAAUGCAAAUACCUUUUAGUAGCAAUCGAUUACUUCACCAAGUGGAUCGAGGUAGAGGCUCUUGCAACAAUUAGUGCUCGUAAAAUACAAAGCUUCAUCUGGCACCUAAUUUGCCGAUUCGGCAUACCACAGAAGAUCAUCAUUGACAACGGUCGGCAAUUUAUCGACCGUACGCUGGAAGAUUUCCUCCACGGACUUGGUAUCAAACAUGUCACAAGUUCUGUCGAACACCCUCAGACCAACGGGCAGGCGGAGACCGCAAACAAAGCCAUCAUCUCUGAGUUAAAGAAACGACUAGGCCAAGCUAAAGGCUUGUGGGUCGAAGAGAUGCCUGAAGUACUUUGGGCCUACCGGUGUACACCACACGGAUCAACCGGUGAAACCCCGUUUAACCUUACGUACGGUACAGAUGCCAUGUUACCGGGCGAAAUAGGGGAGUCAUCCCUUCGACGACAUAUACAAGAUAUGACUCUCAACGAAGAACAACUACGGAUGAACCUUGAUACCCUGCUCGAGCGGCGCGAAGUUGCGCUGAUUAAAAAUGAAGCACAGAAGCGACUGAUAUCCAGACGGUAUAAUACCAAAGUGAGGCCUCGACAUUUCAAUGAAGGAGAUCUUGUUUGGCGCAAACGAGGAGACGCACGAAAGAACAAAUCACACGGCAAACUGGCUGAUAAUUGGGAAGGACCUUUCCGGAUCAGCAAAGAUUUGAAGAAUGGAGCAUAUCAAUUGGAAUACUUGGACGACAAAGUUGUUCUGAAUACUUGGAACGUCACCCAUCUCAAAUUUUAUUAUAGUUAA